GUCCAUGACGGCAGCUUCUGGCAGGGGGCGAGGAAUACUGCAGACAUCGUAAGAUCCACCAGCAACCCCGUCAUCAAAAGUCUUAAUUUUGAUUUGCUCCUUCCUUGGGCAGACCAUUUUGAUUUUUGAUUUUAAAUAUAUCCAAACAAAGCCUUGGGAUAGACUACAGGAGGCUUUUUCUCAAGAAGAACCAGAAAAUUGCUGCGAGGAAAUGGCAGGAGCAGAAGGAUUUGUUGAAGCGGAUAAUGCGGAGGCCAUUAUGAUUAGAAUUGAACACAAAACUCGGAAGAUCGAAAGCUUACUCAAACAGUACAAACCAGUGGAAGCACUUAAAACUGCUCUUGAAGGCGCUCAUGCCAUGACCCGAGAUGAACGUUGCAAGUCUGCACAUUGGAUUGUGGUACAUAGAGCUUUAAUGGCUAUAAAAGAUGUGGAUGGGAUGCUUUCUUCUUUGGACCCUGAGUACUAUGACAUCCUAAUGAAGUACUUGUACAAAGGUCUGGCGACGGGAGAUCGACCAACAUGCGACCAGUGUCUUCGGAUUCAUGAAAAAUUGACUGAGAAGGCAGGAUUCGGUUGCAUACUGCGAUACCUAGCUGAUACUGUGAAUACAGUUUGAUUCCCUUACUUUUUUGGUAACUUUCUUCAAAGUUCACUGUUGUUUUUAGUUUAGAGUCCUCUUGUAUGUCCUUUACUUUAUAAUUCUUCUUAUCCUAUCAUGAUAUUCACAGUUGAAAAUGAGAUGAUUUUAAACCCUUCCGAGGCA